AUGGUGGUAUUUGUUAUGGGUGCCCCAAGAGGCAAAAAUGGCGCCCCCGCAAACCGCCCGAUCAUAUCUAGCUUACGCGAUGUUUUGUAUCACCAAUGCAUGCACGCCACAAACAACUCUCAGAAGAGCUUGGAAGUAUUAAAUUCAAGUGCUUCCACCUCUGAUAAAUUUCUCAGCACGAGUAGUCAAACUAUACCCAUGCUUCGUCAAAGUUAUGCCGAUGCCAUUGAUGAGGUUUUUGAGGCUGAACGCCUGUAUGAAAUCCGCAGACAAAAGGAACUCAUGCUGCAGGCAUAUUUGCAUGAAUUAGAGGAAUUGGUGAACACACCUUCCCUAACACGAGGACAGUCUGGUAGUGCGCUUGAAUCUGACUCUGUCAUGUGUUUCUUCCGCUGGACGUCACCAUGGAAGCAUUCCUAUACCCCUUCUUCCUUUCAUACUGGGCGGGCUUUACUCUACAUUCAUGAGUCUUCUCAGCUAGCGCCACUCGUACCUUGCCGAGGUGACCUUGUUUACGCCACUCUCAAACACCGGUCCGUUGCCAUCAGCGGUUUCUCUGAAUCUUGUUGCCUUAUGGCAUUGCCACUGACGUUGCCUCCCAUGGAUGCGGAGAGGUUUGCCACAAUAGCACUGGAGGAGAUGAUGGCACGGCACGAGCUGCUGCUUCGCGAGGACCGCUUACGACAGCGGAUUAGCGGUAGAGAGGUGGGCGCUUUUUUGCGAGUGCAGCUUGUCAUCCGCACCAAUGCACGCUUUCAUCAGACACGGCUCUCCUCCUUGGAAGGAAUACGGCGCAAAGAGUUAGAGUACCUGAGGGAUGGAAUCUUCCAACGUGCGAAGAAACAAGAGGAGGAGCAUCGCAAAUUUAUGUACCGUCUACCACCGGAGCGAUUGAUGCCCCUUAAAAUCCCAACUUUAACAUCUUCUGGACAUCCGUAUGCGCCCACCGCUGUGGACCACGAAGUCGCGCGAGCAUUGGCGGUGGAAGAAAGAACCUGGAAACUGACAGGAAGGCGGAAAAAGUCUUUCUUUCCGCCGAUUGUGUGA